UAAUGGUUAAGCUGAUCAUCAGUUAUCCUAAGAAUUUUUCAAAAGAUUGGAAAGAGUGAUCAGCAAAAAGAAUGAUGCAGAUUAUUUGCAUCGCAGCACCCAAACUGAGUGGGUCACUGGUGUGUGUCCCAGAGAAGACCGGGUGUUAAUUUACCCCCUCAGUAUUUGCUAGCGUGAUAUACGUGUAAUACACAGAUAAGAGUCUAGGCUAGAAAAUUUCAAGUUGGACUAAUUUAUCUGCCUCUUUAUCGAGGCUCCAAAGAGGGCUUAAAGGCUUUGUAAACUUCAACUGCAUUCAUUUGGUGAAUGAAGUUAAAUCAGGGAAAUAUUGCUUUCUGUUUGACAUUGGGCAGGUUGCAGCUUGAACGCAAAUUUGAUAAAAAGAAAAAAAACCCAGCUAAAUUCUUAAUCUUGGUGGCAAACAACGACAUCACUUGCUAUCGAGGAAAAAAUCGCCAGACCUGAAGAAACAAGUGAGGCGUAUGUCACCAUCGGUCUGUUGAAAUAUGAAGAGCACCCAGAAGAUAAAUUCAGAAUUACUUUAGAGAGAACAUUUCGCAAUUUCAACAAUUCGCAGAAAGCAACUAAUUCGGCGCUAUCACAUCUAAAUAGCUGAAAGAAUUUUAAAAUCGUUCUCUUUCGGGCACCAUGAUUGAAGACGAAUUGUAAAAAUUUUAGGCAAAUUAUCCUUUCUGUUUCGGGCAACAUGAAGUAGUUCAAAGUUUAAUCAAGAAACCGCUGCUCAUAUUUUGUGAAUCUUGGUGAUUCAUUUAUGGUCAUUCAUCACAAAAAUGAUUUAUUGAUUUGGUCGAAUCUGAUCAUCUUUAUGUAAUAUUAUAAAUACCAAAAUAUCUGAUCUGUCAAUGAAUAACUUCAAUGUAUUGAUCGUCAUUUUUAUUUCACUAUCCUGUUAUGGGACGGUGUUAUCUUGGGAUAAUAUUGAUUUAGAAUUAUUUGAUUUGGUUGAAGACGUAAGGACCAAUUUCUAUGAAGUAUUAGGAGUACCAAAGGAUGCAAGUGCUGCAGAGAUACGGAGAGCAUAUCGCAAAUUGUCCCUCCAUUUACAUCCUGACAGAAGCGAUGAUCCUACAUCUGAAGAAAAAUUUCGCCAGCUUGUUGCUGUUUCAGAGGUUUUAAAGGAUGAGGAAAAACGAAAAAGAUAUGACAUCAUAUUACGAGAUGGUUUGCCUGAUUGGCGGCAACCAGUGUUUUAUUAUCGACGUGUACGAAAAAUGGGCUUUUUGGAAUUUUUGCUUUUCAUAUUUGUUAUUUUCACUAUUGGACAUUUCAUCAUUGCAUGGUCCAUAUACCUGGAACGAAAGUUUGAGUUGGAUGAAGUAUUGACCUCGUUUAAGAAGAAAAAAGAGAAAAGAAAUAGAAAACUGUUGAAGCAGGGAGCUGUAGUUGAUGAUGUUCAAAUCGAAGAUAUUUUAGACGAAGAAGGAGUGCGUAAGCCAACAUUCUGGGAUCUUUUGCCGUUUGUUCUUUAUCGAUUAAUUGUGUCGAGCAUUCAACAAGCUCGGCUGAGAAGAGAGUUUGCCAGACAAGAGAAAAUGAGACAAAAAUUACUGAAAGAAGAGGAGGAAAGAGAACGAGAAAGAGAAUUAGAAAACUCUUUAAAACCGAAGCCACGUCGGCAACGCGUCACACAACAGCCAGGUUUGAGUUCGGAAGAUGUUGCUAAAUGGGAAGGUGCGCCUGUGACCACGCACCUAUCACGUGAUGGCGAUGAAGAGAACAUGGGGACAACGGAGAUUGGAAAUAGAAUAAUGGAGGGACAGAGGGAAGGUGAAUGGAGUGAAGAAGAUCGCUCAAAAUUAUCUCGUUUAAUGGUGAAAUAUCCUGGUGGUACUCCUGGCCGAUGGGAAAAGGUUGGCUGCGAUAUGGGCAGGUCUGUAAAAGAUAUCACUACACAAGUUAAGCAAACGAAGUCGAUGAUAAAGGACCAAGCCGUUCCUCAUCCGGGAGAUUUGGCAAGACUUGUUCCGAAUAACAAAAAAACAGCGAAUUUGGAUGACAACAUUGUAACUAGAGUUAUUAGAGAGGAGCAUAACGGGAUGUCAAAUGAUCACCAAGUGAAGCCGACGACAAAUGGUGUGACAAAAUCAGAAAUACAAGACAAAGGAUAUUCUACUGCAAGUGCUGCUAAGUCUUCAACCACAGAUUUAUCAGCAGCAGAGUCUUUAGAGGACGAUAAAAACGCUUGGUCACAAAAUCAACAAAAACUUUUUGAAAAAGCAUUGGCCACAGUUGCCAAAGACGCAUCCGAUCGAUGGACACAGAUUGCCAGAAAUGUACCUGGUAAAUCCAAGGAAGAAUGUGUGGCGAGAUACAAGUUUCUUGUAGAAAUGCUUAAGAAACGAAAAAGAGGAGAAAGAAAAUAGAAUAUAGUUAAAAUGAUGUCUAAUAAAUAUGUACAAAAGAUAGUUUUUAAAUACAAUUCGAACCGUUUUAUGUUCUCUC